AUGAGCCGCAUCGGAGUUGGUCUUGGAGUCGGUGCGGCCGCCUACGCGCUGAGUGGUCUGCAUGUGCGCUCGCUCUUCUCGUUCCUGCUGCGUGCUCCGCCGCGCUCCGACGGAUGGCAGCUCGACUUUGCACCCACCGAGAUCGGCUGGGCCGACCGCGCAUUCCUCCUCCUCGCCGGAGUGCUGCCGAAAGCGGUAAGAAGCGUGUUGGGGCGCGGUCUGCGUGUGCAGGGUCGCGACGAGAUCGAGCUGCCCCGGCUCGAGCUUCGCUGUCCCGUGCGCAUCGGCGACGCGCAGAAGGCAGCCUAUCGAGAGUCACUCGGCGCUGCAGGGGAGAACGAGGUGGGGGCGGAGGAGUUCGUGCUGGCUGCCGUGACGAAUCAGCUCAUGCUGCUGCUGGUCGUGCAUCCACGUCUGCCCGUCUCGCCGUUGGGGGCGGUCAACGUGCGCAACCGCAUCGAAUUCCACGCCACGUUCGAUACCGACCAGCCACUCACAGCACACGCCAGCGUCGGUGGCAGCGACAAUCUUGCGCGCGUCACCCGCCGAGGCGUUGAGCUCGACAUCCACAUCGACGUCUUUGCUGCGUCUUCUGGAUCGAAGCUGGUGAUGCGACAGAUCAUCACAAUUCUCGCCCUCGGACCGUCUGCACCGCGGUCGAAAGCACCACCACCUGCAGAGUCACUCGAUCGACCGCGCAAGGAUGCGGACUACACGAGCACGGGCACGAUCAAGAUGCACUCGACCUCGCCGCGCGCAUGGUGCCGCGUGUGCGGCGACUACAAUCCGAUCCACGUCUCGUCGCUGCUCGCGCGCCUGUUCGGCUUCCGCGGCAAGAUCGCGCACGGCAACCAUGUCGUAGCGCACCUGCUGCAUCUGGUCUCGUCCGCUUCUGGGCCAGGUUCUGUGCGCGAGAUUACCGACACUAGCAAGGGAAAGCGUUGGUGGAUCGAGAUGCACUUUAAGCGGCCUAUGAUUUUGCCACUUCAGCUCGAGGCACAGAUCGCCGUCGACAAUACAGGGGCGGAAUGGAGGUGCAGCGGUGCUAAGGACGACAAGGUUUACGUUCAGGGUUCCAUCGGCGCUCUGUAA